CAUAAGAACUCAUCAUAUUAUUUAUUGGGUUUUCAAAAGUUAUUUCUUUUUUCAUUACUUUUAUUUUAUUUGAAAAAAAAUAUAUUUAGAGAGAGAAGAAUCUGUGCAUGUUGCGCAGAAAAUCUUUAAAGUGUAAUCUGAUCUUACGUUGGCUCUCACGAACCCCCACGAAUCUCUGUUUCUUCCUCUGUUUUUUUCCUUUCCUUCCAUUUUCCCGAGAAAAUCUUUAAAGAAUAUACAAUCUUUCAUCAUAUUUUCUUCUAUAAAUUCGUUCCUCGUCAAAAAGAUUCGAUCUUGAAUCGUGGGUUCCUCUGGUUUUCGCGAAUUUUUCCGUUUAUGAAUCCUAAAAUGGCGUCGAAGUUUCUACUAAUCACGUUCGCGAUAUGCAAGCUAAUCGUAGCCGUCGGAUUCAACGCGCCGCCUUCCCCGUUCCUCCUCGUCGACGUUGACGGCCACGUCAGCGACCACCCGUCCGACGUGGCGGCGGUUUCGUCGGACUUCGGCAUGCUCACUCCGCCGGAGCCGCCGACAGCGGUUCUCCGGCCGGCCUCCGCCGAUGACGUGGCGCGCCUCCUCCGCGCCUCUUAUGGCUCCGCCGCAGCUUUCCCUGUCUCGGCACGCGGUCACGGCCACUCGAUCAACGGGCAAGCAAAGGCCGGAAAGAACGGCGUCGUCGUGGAGAUGGGUCGCCGGGAAAUCAUCUCCGGCGCGGGGAGAAACCCGCCGGAGCCGGAGGUAUCGGCCGAGGGAAUGCACGUCGAUGUUUGGGGUGGUGAGCUAUGGAUCGAUGUGCUGAAGAAAACGCUAGAGUACGGUCUGGCUCCGAAGUCGUGGACCGACUAUUUGUAUCUCACGGUGGGAGGGACGAUUUCUAAUGCUGGGAUUAGCGGCCAAGCAUUUCACCAUGGCCCUCAAAUUAGUAACGUCCUGGAGCUCGAUGUAGUCACCGGUAAAGGAGAGGUGAUGAAGUGUUCGGAAGAAGAGAAUUCAGAGUUGUUUCAUGGAGUUCUUGGAGGGUUAGGUCAACUCGGGAUCAUAACUCGUGCCCGAAUCGCUCUCGAGCCAUCUCCCCAAAGGGUGAGAUGGAUACGAGUAUUGUACUCGAAUUUCUCCGUGUUCACACGGGAUCAAGAGCAGUUAAUAUCGUUGCAUGGACCGCCGAAAUUCGAUUACGUGGAAGGGUUUGUGAUUGUGGACGAAGGGCUCAUUAACAAUUGGAGAUCUUCGUUUUUCUCUCCCCGGAAUCCCGUGAAAAUCUCCGCCCUCGGCGGCGACGGCGGCGUUUUGUAUUGCCUUGAGGUCACCAAGAACUACGACGAAUCCUCCGCCGACACCGUCGAUCAGGAGAUGGAGCAAUUGAUGAAGAAAUUGAAUUUCAUACCGGGAUCGGUUUUCACGACCGAUUUGCCGUACGUGGAUUUCUUGGACCGGGUUCACAAGGCCGAGUUGAAACUCCGGUCCAAGAAUUUGUGGGAAGUCCCUCACCCUUGGCUGAACCUCUUCGUUCCAAAAUCAAGAAUCGGUGAUUUCGACCGAGGGGUCUUCAAGGGCAUUUUGGGAAACAAAACUAGUGGGCCCAUCCUCAUCUACCCCAUGAACAAAGACAAGUGGGACGAGAGAUCCUCGGCCGUGAUACCGGAGGAGGAAGUGUUCUACCUCGUGGCCUUGCUGAGGUCGGCAUUAUCGGAUGGCGACGAGACACAGAGGUUGGAGUAUCUGGAGGAUCAGAACCGUCGGAUCCUGAGAUUCUGCGAAGAAAGCGGGAUAGAGGCGAAACAAUACCUUCCUCAUUACGUGACACAGGAGCAAUGGAUGAGGCAUUUCGGUGACAAAUGGGAACGGUUUAGCCACUUAAAGGCAGAGUAUGAUCCACGACAUAUACUCGCCACAGGCCAGAAAGUCUUCCCAAACCCAUAUCUUGCUUCGUUCGGGUCGCUUUCUUCUUUGUCUGCUUCGGCUACAUGGUGAUAAAACAACAAAGAAAUGAGACAAGGAAGAAUUAUACAGUAGAGGGAGGUAGUAGUUUUGAGAAUAUUCUUCCUGAUGUAUAUAUACCUAAUAGAAACAUCAGAAAGAUUAGGUGUAUUAGUUUUCUUUUUUUGUAGUUGCAUGUAGGAGGGUUUAGUGGUUAAUAUAGAAGAAGAUUCAAUAGAAGGGCUUUUUCUUUUUUGCAAAAAUCAGUCACAAUGAUUGUUUUGUUUUCGGUAUUUUACACAACAAAUCGAAAGUCGAAAAGGGUUACCACAAUCUUUGCAGAUAAGUAACCUUUUCGCAUGUAAUUAGCCAAGCCUCGGAUCGUUCAGAUCCGAACUUCUACUAGAAACUUCCAUUAUCAUA